AUGUGGGCGAUCGGGCGCCGCGCAGCCUCGGGCCUGUUCCCCCGGGCGGCGUCGCCGGGCCCGCUUCCGGCCCGCGCUGGGGGUCCCUGCUCGGCGAAAGAGCCUUUGCCCGGUGGCCAUCCGGGUCUGCGCGCCAGGACGGCGGCGAGCUGCGAGCCCCGACCAGCCAGUUUGAGCCUCCACUGCCUCAACCAGAUUCUGAAUGCCCAAAAGCAAAAGGUCCAGUUGGUGAAUCUGAGAAAAGUGGGAACUUUGGGUGAUCCAAGCUUCUUGGAUGAGACCACCUAUGAGCGACUGGCUGAGGAAACGCUGGACUCCUUAGCAGAGUUUUUUGAAGACCUUGCAGACAAGCCCUACACCUUUGAGGACUAUGACGUCUCGUUUGGGAGCGGUGUCUUAACAAUCAAACUGGGUGGAGACCUCGGCACCUACGUGAUCAACAAGCAGACCCCCAACAAGCAGAUCUGGCUGUCUUCCCCUUCCAGUGGGCCCAAGCGUUACGAUUGGACUGGGAAAACCUGGGUGUACUCCCACGACGGCGAAUCCCUCCACCAGCUGCUGGCCACCGAGCUUUCCAAAGCUUUAAAAACCAACCUGGACUUAUCUUCCUUGGCCUAUUCUGGAAAAGACUCUUGAUGCCCAGCCCCAUUUUAAAGACAUUAAAAGCUAUACACCCAAGACCACAGCUUUGUUCGUAGCUGAGUCUAUUCUCUCACAUCCCUGCCUUGGGGGACAAUUGCAUGGUCAUGUCACAGCUCUUUGAAAAGACUGUCUUCCAUCCCACCCCCAAGGCCUGAUUUCUUCAUGUCUAUAAAGUUGGGUUCCACUCCCCCACCCCCAGUUGCCUGACUUCUGCCCUUAUUGACCUCCCUGUCUUUCUAAAUGUCUUCACACCCAUACUUUACCAGUAUAACUUCACAGCAAAGAAAAAGACUAAUAAAGAAAAGUUCUGCAAGGAGAAAUAAGUUGACUUCCCUCUACUCUUUGAAGGACAGGACGGCAAAGCCAGCAGGAAGAACGACUGGCCCCCCUCACUCCUCGCUCUCAUGGGGAACCAUAUGGAAAGGGGGCCCCAUGGACAUUCCCACAGCUGUUUGAAAGGGUAAACACUCCAUGUGCCAAAGGCGACAUGGAAAUUCUCAAACUAAAGACCAUCUUCCAUUCAGGCUUUGUGACUCUGACGGGGUGUGGCCUCUGCAGGAAGAUGUGCAGGUUUUUCCAUAGAGGAGGGGAGCUUCAAAAGGUUUGUGGGAAAAGAGAAUUUAAAAGGAAAGGAGGUUUUUUUGGUUUGUGUUUAGAUAGUCCUUUUGAAGUCCCUUCAAAUGCACACAUGCACACCUGGAAAUAGAUGUGUGUUAGGAUUGAAUGUAUAAUGUAUAGUACUGCUGAAAUACUGGUGUCCGAGAAUGAAAAGUUAAGUCCCAAGACACGUUCAUUACCAUAAGAACCUGGGUGAGGGGGUGGAGGAGGGUUGGAGUGAGACGGUAGACAAAGACAAGCCUGGGUGCUGAGGAGACACAUGGUUAAUUGUGAAGAGUCACAGAAGGAGAGAGAUGUUUGCACUGGUAAACAGAACCCUGGUCCUAGACUUAGCUCAAACUAGUGUUCCCUCUCUCUCUAAGCAAGCAUCAUAAACUUCCUGCACCGCCGCUUUCCCAUCUGUGAAGUGGGAGAAUUGAACGAGAUGGAAUAGUUGGCUUCCAGACAGCCUCCCAGGCUAGCUUUUAUUCCCUCUGGUCAAUGAGGGGUGGCAGUGAACAAACAGCUUUUUAAAGCUACCCAGUAGAUCCAUUGCCUCUGGUCAGUUGACUUCAUGUAAUAAUAAUAACCAUGCUUGGUUGUGUCUGUACUGUGUUAAGCCUGUUAUACUACAUACCCUUGUCUUAAUCUUUACUGACAUGCAGUUUGUACGUGAAGAAACCACGGGACCCAAAAUUAAGCUCAACCUCUGUCAUUUUCUUAAUAAAGCAAGAUUUAUUAGGGACACAUCUAGUGACUGUAACCAAGGCUUUUUCAGUGGCUGAAAGCAAGACACGUUUCAGCAUAGAAGAAAAAAGAGAUUUAACAAUAGAACUGUCUAAGCAGAUGUUACGUGGGGAUUUAAUUUUUUUCCUUUCUUCAAAAAAUAGAAUUAUUUUUGAGUCCUGUGACAGUUUCUAAAUAUGGUAGGUCAGGACCAGUGAGAAAAUAAAUAAAACUGUGUUGUG